CCUACUUGACGCUCCCGAGUGUCGGUCACUUCCGUCGUCUUCGUUCAAUCAGUUGUAAUAAAUGAGUGGUGCCAGCAGCUAAAAUACGCAACUCUCAUUGUUUCUAUGGCAGCUGCAGCUUUCUUUGUCAGUAAACCCAACACGCUUUAAAAAUUCCGCCAAAAAGGAAAAAGCGUUCUCGUCCCUGUUUUGGGUCUUCGGCCAACGUGUUCAACAACUACCCAGAGGACCUAGGGGCAGCUCUUAACAGAGAGCCGUUUGACUUCAACGCCGAGCCGCCUUGGGAUCCUAGCUGAUAGCGGACGAGUUCCUCACUGGACUCCUCCAUGUAGUUUGUUGUGUAAAUCUAGGACCCCAGGGGCUUGACGUGCAGCCACGAAAACCACUCUUGACCAGCUCCGUUCUUUAUGCCUGUCGGAUCAGAAGACAAAGAUCCAGAGGAUGAAAGGCAUCACAGAUGAACCGCAGUAUUCUGUCAGCUUACUGGACGGAGGCACCGCCCUAAGUGAUGUGAUUAAUAAUCACAUUGAAGAACAAACACUGUCUGAGAAGAGUGCUUUCUUUGUCGCUGACCUGGGAGCGAUCAUGAGGCAGCACGUUCGCUGGCGAACUCACAUGCCCCAAAUUCGUCCUUACUAUGCUGUCAGAUGCAACAGCAGCCCGGCAGUGAUUGAGGUUCUCGCUGCCCUUGGCUCCGGGUUCACGUGCUCCAACAAGUCUGAACUUGAGCUCGUGCAGAGCCAUGGGAUUCCCUCCGAAGACAUCAUCUACAGCGGCGUUUGCAAACAAGUCUCCCACAUAAAAUACACGGCUAAAAAUGGCAUCGACCUCCUUGUGUGUGAUAACGAAGCAGAGCUGCGCAAGAUUUCUCGCUGCCACCCUAAUGCCAAGCUGCUGCUGCAGGUGUCCACCGAGGCCCGUAACCCAGACGACGAGAUGGGCAUGACGUUCGGCUGCUCCCUCAAAGACUGCAGGCGUCUGCUGGAGAGCGCGAAGGAGCUCGGUGUGCAAGUUGUGGGAGUCAGGUCUCACAUUUCCAGCACAUGUGACGAUGACCAGGUUUACAGUCAUGCAAUCUCUGAUGCCCGCUGCGUCUUUGACAUGGGUGAGGAGGUCGGUUUCAGCAUGAACAUCUUGGACAUUGGAGGCGGAUUCAGUGGUUCUGAGAUUCAGCUGGAAAUGAUUAACUGUGCUGUCAUGUCCAUGGUGGACCUUUACUUCCCUUCUUCCACUGGAGUCUCCAUUAUUGCAGAACCCGGAAGCUUCUUUGUGUCCACUGCAUUCACUCUUGCUGUGAACAUCAUUUCCAAAGCGGUGAUGGCUCGUGACUGCCAGGACCAGAAACAAAGCGAGCUGUCUCCCAAUGAGGAGCCAGAGUUCCAGUAUUACAUGAACGAGGGGGUGUACGGAUCAUUUUCAAGCAAGCUCUCAGAAACAGUAAUUGCAACGCCAUCUGUUCAUAAGAAUGCGUCUCUGGACCUCCCAGUGUUCAGCAGCAGCUUGUGGGGUCCCUCUGGGGACGACCUGGACCAAGUGGUGGACCACUGCCUGCUACCUGAGCUCCACACUGGGGACUGGCUGCUGUUUCCACAAGCCGGAGCCUACACUCUGGGUCAGCCUCUAUUCCCUCCCACUGACUCAACACCGCCCCCUGUCCACUAUGUGAUAUCCUCGAGAGAUUGGGUAGAAAUGCAGGAUGCUGGUGUAACCAAUGAGACUACGAUGAAGUACUUCUCAUGGAUCCCAUAUUUCCUCGGCUCCUGCCAAACAGAAGCUGCACUGUCUGUUCCAGCUUAGCAACCUGCCGACCAGGAAGGCUUUCGGCUUCUCCUACUGGUUUGCGCUGCUAUUGUCCUUCACCUUGACGAACUCAUUAAGCCAGUUGUGCAGAUAUGUGUAAAAGCACUGGGACCAGGAUCUAACCUUAUCCUCAACUCUGAUGAGAUUACACCCUGAAAAUCAAAACAGUUCAUGUCAAAUAGUACGUAGCAGAAUUAUUUCAGAAUUACUCAAGUAUUUUAUGUUAUCAGCAUCCCAUUGAAUUGCAGUUUACUGAAUUAGGUAUAUGUAGAAUUGUUGUGAUUAUAUAUUUAACUGAUGUAUUUACUACUUCUGCUAGUGUUGCCAGUCUCAGUAAAUUGCAUAUCUGAGUGAUUGAAACAUUGCUCUGAAAUCAUUUUUUAUUACACUUGUAUUUAUAAUUUAUAUUGUCUUGCAUAAUUUAUUAUAUAUGACAAGCUUAACUCCCAUCAGUUCAUUCAAAAAUCUACUAUUUUCAGUUAUCGUUGGUGUCGCAGGUAUCUGCUCCUUGCAGAAAACAUAGACUGUUUCGGCCUGGAGCGGUUCGAAAGCAACGGUUUAAGUGAUCACCAGUUAGCUGGUGUGUUUGUGUUUCGCCAAAGUGCAGAGCGGCUUUCCGAAAAGGGCCAGCAGAUCGUAGAGCCAGAGCAUUAUACAGCAUGUGCUGCAGAUGGAACAGGGUAAGUGUUGAUGGAUAAGGAAUCAGCUGCAACAGAAAGGGACAUUUCAGUAACAAAACAGUACGUUUUGUGUUUUCUAUAAACUUCACAUCCUCUUAUUUAUACUGAAUAUAUGUGUUGCAAGAUUAUUGCCAGAGUUUUUGACGAUGCAAGGUUGCUUGUAUUGCAUGUCUCACAUCUGUAAAGCCGUCUCCCAAAUCUGUGUCUAAGAAUAAAACUGGUAAGGCACUUGCCUUCUGUUAAGUUGCUGCUGUAGCUUGUCAAAAUGGACAUUAAUAAACAGCUAAAUAACGUG